AUUGUUCAGCGUGAGUUCUGGUUGAAGUGUUAGCAAGGCGCUAAUUAAAAACACACAGUGGUGCUCACUCCUGCGUGAUAAUAGUGCCACCGGACUUUCACAGGACAUCUCGCAGUUUUCGUAUUCUACGAUGAGCAAGAGGAAAGCUCCACAGGAGUCCCUAAAUGAGGGAAUAACUGACUUUCUUGUCGAACUGGCUAACUACGAGAAAAAUGUCAACAGGGCAAUACAUAAGUACAAUGCAUACAGGAAAGCAGCAUCCACCAUUGCCAAGUAUCCUAACAAGAUUAAAAAUGGAGAAGAGGCGAAGAAACUGGAUGGAGUUGGUGCUAAAAUAGCAGAAAAGAUCGAUGAGUUCUUACAAACUGGAAAACUAAGAAAACUUGAAAAGAUCAGAAAUGAUGACACCAGCUCUUCCAUAAAUUUCCUCACCAGAGUCACCGGAAUCGGACCUGCUGCUGCUAGGAAGUUUGUUGAAGAGGGGGUGAAAACAUUGGAUGAUUUGAAAAAGGUAGAGCACAAGCUAAAUCACCACCAAAAGAUUGGACUCAAGUACUUUGAAGAAUUUGAGAAAAGGAUCCCAAGAGUUGAAAUGGAAAAGAUGGAGGUACUUAUUCUGGGGGAAUUAAAGAAAAUUGAUCCAGAAUAUAUCGGAACAAUCUGUGGAAGCUAUAGGAGAGGUGCAGCAUCGAGUGGUGAUAUUGAUAUUUUACUGACUCACCCAAAUUACACUUCUCAAACAGAGAAGCAGCCAAAACUUCUUCAUGCUGUGGUCGAUCAUUUGGAGUCCGUUGGGUUUGUGACCGACACUCUGUCCAAAGGAGACACCAAGUUCAUGGGAGUCUGCCAGCUGCAGGACACUGAUGAUGACGAAGAGGAAGAACAUCUUCACAGACGCAUUGAUAUUAGGUUAAUUCCCAAGGACCAGUACUACUGUGGAGUUCUGUAUUUCACUGGAAGUGACAUCUUUAAUAAGAACAUGAGGACACACGCUCUGGAGAAGGGCUUCACUCUGAACGAGUACACCAUCAGGCCACUUGGUGUCACUGGAAUGGCGGGAGAGCCUCUGUUGGUGGACAGUGAGAGAGACAUCUUUGAAUACAUCCAGUACAGAUACAGAGAGCCGAAGGAUCGUAGCGAGUGAGGGAAAUCGACAGCAGUCCUGCAAACAUGGAUUAAACAAAAGGCAUCUA